GCUGACAGCUCACAAGAAAGUUGCUCAAAUCCACCAGAUGUUUUCAUUAUAGGACGGAGAAAAAGUUUGGUGUGAUUUCACGUCAAAUUGAAAUGGCGCUCGGUUUUGAAGCGAACCGACCGACUCUGCUCUGACAUCGACUAAGCGAGUCUGGCAACCCGGAAGUGCCGUCGGCAAACACACCUGCCGAGCCCAGCGGUGACAGUCGGUCGACCCCAGCCGCAGCUAAGUUUGCUCUUUUUGCUCAUCGGCGACUACUUGCACCGCGUUCUCCGUUACAGAAUGCCCGAAAGGAAGACGCCGAGGAUUGUGGGCGCCCUGAGCAGCGCCAGUGACGGACUGGAGGGCUUUAAGGCUCACGCCGUCUUCCGGGAAAUCGACAAGAAACUGCAGCAGGAAGGCGAAGCGUUUGUGAAGAAGAUCGGCGGCGUGUUUGCCUUCAAAGUAAAGGACGGUCCGGGCGGUAAGGAGGCCACGUGGGUGGUGGACGUCAAGAACGGCAGCGGCCGCGUGCACAACGACACAGCCGAGAAAGCCGACUGCACCAUCGCCAUGUCCGACUCGGACCUGUUGGCCAUGAUGACCGGAAAGAUCAACCCGCAGACGGCCUUCUUCCAGGGAAAGCUGAAGAUCACCGGCAACAUGGGCCUGGCCAUGAAGCUCCAGAAGCUUCAGCUGCAGCCCGCCAAGUCUAAACUGUAGACGGGCGAGAAAGCGGGACCCGGCUUGGAAAAAUCCUCACUUUGACUCGAGAGACAUUUGCAAAAUCGGACCCUUUCCUCUUGCUUUUCUUCCGGAAUGGCAAGUUACUUUUAGUGUGGCGCCAGCAAACGCCAACUAAGUUUCGCGUGUCACCGAGCGCGACCCGGAAGAACGGCACGCCAAUGGCGCCGUCAACAUUUUGUCCCGUGUGCAGGGGCGGAGUCACCCUAAAAGAAGGCUCGGCCACCCUGUCGCCACCCCCCUGUCGGCACCGAUUGGAGAGAAAGAAAAAAAAAAAAACUCCGGUCAAUUUGUCAUUUCCUGCCCUCCAUUAAUCAGUGAGUAUCCUUAUAAUAAUAGUUUACAAAUGAUUGUUUCUCUAUAUCGGGUUGUAAAUACCACGUGGGCCUUUUUGUAAUGUCUACAUAGGAUUUCUUAAUAAACUCUAUGCCUGCUAUAUGUUGACACUAGUGGUGUAACUAAUACAUGUAUCCGUUUGUUAAGCAAAAUGAAUCGGAUCAAAAUGCAAAAUGAUCAUUCCGAUAUGCCGCCUGGUCAAAAAUGUUUCAUCAAUAAAAUUGUUGAAAUCAAAACUGAU